GAGUUUAGGGGCGUGUCUUUCUGGGGGGAGGGGCCAGCCGUCAUGCUGCGCUGGAGGCGCGCUUUUCGCCCUCCGAGCCGGGGGGAGCCCCCGGGGGGGAUCCCAGGGAGGUCCUCAAGGUGUCCGGGGUGUGUUUCGGGCCAGGGACAUGCUCCGGGCCGCCCCCUCCGCACCGCGGCCCCGCUGCGCUCCGACUUCUUCCGCGACCUUGGCCAGACCCUGGGCCACAUGGGCCGGACCCUGAAAUCCCAACUCCCGCCAUUACGAGGCGGAGAGGGGGGUUGGAUCCCUCCGGGGACCCCCCUGCAACGUCCCCCCAUCCCCGAAGAAGCCGACGUGGUGGUGGUCGGCGGGGGGGUCCUGGGCUGGGCCACCGCGUUUUGGCUGAAGGCGCUGGAGGGUCGGCAGCACGGCAUGAGGGUGCUGCUGGUGGAGCGGGACCCCACGUAUUCCCAGGCUUCCACCGUCCUGGCAGCGGGGGGAAUCCGGCAGCAGUUUUCCCUCCCGGAAAACAUCCAAAUGUCACGAUUUUCUGCUCAAUUUCUGCGCAACAUCAAUGAGCACCUGGGGGUCCCCAACGAACCCCCCAUCGACAUCCAGUUCCAGCCCUCGGGGUACCUGUUCCUCGCCUCUCCAGAUGGUGCUGAGAAGCUCGAAGCCACCGUCCAGCUCCAAAGGGAUGAGGGGGUACAGGUGGCCCUGCUGUCCCCCACCCAGCUGAAGGAGAGAUUCCCCUGGAUGGACACGCAGGACGUGGCCGUGGCCUCCUAUGGUUUGGAAGACGAAGGCUGGUUUGACCCCUGGACCCUCCUCAGCGCAUUCCGCCGCAAAGCCAGGUCCCUGGGGGUGCUCAGCUGCACCGGGGAGGUGCGAGGUUUUGUCACCUCGCCGCUGGACGGUGACACCACGCGCAUCAAAUACGUCCAUAUCCACAUGCGGGACAGCCGGGAGUACCAGCCCGUGGCUUGUGCCAUUGUGGUAAAUGCGGCCGGGGCGUGGGCCGGGGAGCUGCUGCGCAUGGGGGGGCUCCCAGGGCCCCCCCUCCCCAUCCAGCCCCGAAAAAGAUACAUUUUUUCCUGGCACUGCCCCGACGGCCCCGGAUUUUCCUGCCCUUUCCUCAUCGAUACGACCGGCGCUUAUUUCCGCCGCGACGGCAUCGCCGGCAACUACUUGGGGGGCAUGAGCCCCCCCGAGGAGGACGAGCCGGAUCCGAGCGAUUUGUCAGUGGAUGAUGAGUUUUUCCAGGACCGCGUGUGGCCGCGGUUGGCACAGAGGGUCCCAGCGUUCGCAUCGCUGCGCCGGGGGGGAUCCUGGGGGGGUUAUUACGAUUUUAAUACUUUUGAUCAAAAUGGGGUGGUGGGCCCCCACCCCAAAGUUGAGAAUUUGUUCAUCCUGGCGGGGUUCAGCGGGCACGGGCUGCAACACGCUCCGGCAGCGGGGAGGGCGCUGGGGGAGCUGCUGGUGAAGGGGGGUUAUAAGAGUUUGGACCUGAGAAGGUUGGGGUGGGGGCGGCUGGAGGUGGGGGAGCGGCUGGAGGAGGCGGUGGUGUAGAGGGGAAACUGAGGCACGGAUUGGGGGGAAGUGGAGGUGGAAUGAGGUGGAAAUUUGGGGAAAUACUUGGGGAAACUGAGGCACAGUCGGGGGAAAUUGAGACACUGUUGAGGAUGUAAUUUGGGGAAACUGAGGCACAACGUGGGGUGUCGCUGUCACGCUACGCACAAAUAAAGUGGUUGGAUGAUGA